UUGAUUCUCCACGUUUAAAAACUCUCUUCUACACGUUAUUAUUAUCACACUCCCUCUCAAACUGAGACCACCACCGCCAACCUUCAGAGCUUUUGGCCAUGGCUUCUCCUUCAACGCUCUCCCUCUCUGAUCAGCAACAUCUUAUCGAGAAACUCCAGGUUUUCAAGAUUCAAGGUCGCGAUAAGCGUGGCCGCAAGGUGCUCCGCGUCAUCGGAAACCUCUUCCCAGCUCGGCAUGUGAGUUGUGACGCUUUGAAGACGUAUUUGGAGGAGAAGAUUUUCGUCAACUUAGGGGAGAAGCCGUUUUCGGUGGUGUACGUGCACACGGGUGUGCGAAGGACCGACAACUUUCCCGGAAUCUCUACCCUACGAUCAAUCUACGACGCUAUUCCGAUCAACGUCAGGGAUCAUCUUGAGGCCGUUUAUUUCGUGCAUCCGGGACUACAGGCCAGACUCUUCCUCGCCACCUUCGGACGUUUGAUUUUCAGUGGAGGGUUGUAUUGGAAGCUGAAAUACGUGAACAGGCUGGAGUUUCUGUGGGAGCACGUGAGGAGGAAGGAGAUUGAGAUUCCAGAAUUUGUGUGUGAUCACGAUGAGGAGCUGGAGUACCGUCCGAUGAUGGACUACGGGAUGGAGAGCGAUCACCCUAGAGUCCCCGGUCCGCCCUCGGUGGACUCUCCAGUGUCUAUGUAUUCCAUGAGGUGUAUUGCAUGAUAGGUCCAGUAGUACUGAUUUUCUUUUCUUGUUGAAGAAGGAUGUAAAUAUCUACGCGAAUCUUGACAUAAUGUACAAAGAAUGCCGUGCCGGCAUAAUCAAAGUUGAAAAAAAUCACAGCUUA